AUGUCAGCUUCAACGAUCUUAGUCACUGGCGUGUCCGGGUACAUCGCAACCCAUGUUGCGAAGAGCUUUAUCUCCCACGGUUAUCGUGUUCGUGGCACAGUACGCAACCAGGAAACAGCUGAGAAAGUCCGAGAAACAUUUUCCCAAACGCCUGGCUGCAUUGAGAUUGUAAUUGUUCCCGACAUUGCGAAAAAGGAUGCCUUCAAUGAAGCCGUCCGGGACGUUGAUGGCGUUGUCCACACUGCUUCCCCAUUCUUCUAUAAAGUAAGCGACUUUGACAAAGACAUGCGAGAGCCUGCAGUAAACGGAACACUUGGGCUUCUGAAGGCUGUCAAAUCAUUCAACUCGAAGGUCAAACGCGUGGUGAUCACUUCAUCUUUUGUUGCCAUGCAGGACUUUUCGAAGGGUCACCGUCCUGGAUAUAUCUAUACAGAAAAAGACUGGAACCCCGUUGACUUGGACAUGGCUUACAAGUAUCCAAGUUUAGGAUACGUGGCAUCGAAAACUCUUGCAGAACGAGCGGCUUGGGAUUUCGUUCGAACGGAAAGACCAAAUUUCACGCUUGCCACAAUCAACCCGCCGAUGGUCUAUGGCCCUGUUGCACACACAGCCACGCUCAAGUCUCUGAACCAAUCUGUGCUUGAUAUUUGGCAGCUCAUGAGUGGCCAGGCAAAGAAGGUCCCCUCUACUAGUGUCCCACUUUUUGUCGACGUUCGCGACUGUGCUAAAGCACAUGUCCGAGCAUUCGAGAGUUUUAACGGUGGCCGAUUUAUUCCUGUUUCUGGAUCCUUUUCCUUUAAAGAUAUCUGUAGUAUCUUACAGGAAGAAUUUCCGGAAUACGCAGACCUAGUGCCAAAUCCAGGGCCUCCGGACGCGUCUGAAACGUUUGGUAUCGAUAAUAGCCUUUCGAAAAAGGAGCUUCAGAUGAGUUUUGAGCGUUCGCUUCGGGAAACAAUUAAGGAUACCGCCCGCAGCUUGGAUCAAAUUGCAAAAAGGAAGGUGCAUCCUGAGAAACUAUGA